AACACUUCAAAUCCCAACCUCGUCGUCGGCAAAUCAAUAAUUUCCGUGAUGAAUUCACCUACAAUUUUAUUUCUUCUCACUUUGUUAUUUUAAACACAACAAAUCUCUGUUUUAUUUUUAAACUAAUUUAUUUUAUUGGUUUCCCUCUCAGCAGUGACUGCAAUUUAUAUAUUUUGUAUUAGACAGCAUGGUCUCACCAGUAACAUAGUCAUAUAAACAAUAUAUCUACUAAUCAACGAAACUGAUGUGUUCAAUUUACCAGAAUGGAGAGAUUUGUGGAUGGCUGGAAUAUAGUACAAACACUUGGUGAAGGUGCCUUUGGGGAAGUAAAGCUGUUAAUUAAUGAAAAAACCAAUGAUGCAGUGGCCCUUAAAAUUGUUGAUCUACAAAGGGCUGGUGAUGCAAAAGACUGUGUAUAUAAAGAGGAAAGAAUUCAUCGAAUGCUCCAUCAUCCACACAUUAUCAAAUUAUUGGGGAAAAGGGAAGAGUCAAAUGUGGCUUAUUUAUUUUUAGAAUUUGCUUCUGGUGGAGAGUUGUUUGAUAAAAUAGAACCUGAUGUGGGAAUGCACUCUGGUGAAGCACAAAAGUACAUGACACAGUUACUAGAUGGAUUAGAAUAUUUACACAGGCGAGGAAUUACUCACAGAGAUAUAAAACCAGAGAAUUUACUCUUGGACGAAGAAAAUAAUUUGAAAAUCAGUGAUUUUGGAAUGGCGACUAUAUUCCGCUUGAAAGGUCGUGAAAGACAGUUGGAUAAAAGGUGUGGAACAUUACCGUAUGUUGCUCCGGAGGUCCUAAAAGGGCCUUAUUUCGCUCAGCCAUCAGAUAUUUGGUCGUGUGGGAUUGUUUUUGUCGCCAUGUUAACUGGAGAAUUGCCGUGGAAUGAACCAACGACCGAGUCUCCAGAAUUUGCCCGCUGGGUUAAAAGUACAUGUAUAACUGAGUCAUUAUGGAAGAAGUUAAGCACCAUGGCAUUCAGCCUGGCAAGAAAAAUUCUGAACCCGGAACCAGCGAAGCGCUUAAAACUACCAGAAAUUUUAGGGCAUACUUGGAUGAAGGUUGAAUUUACAUUAAACGAAGAUGUGACCGAUAACGUUGAACAACAAUGCAAACGUAUCGCAUUGCCAAGAGACACCGAAAACAAAAAAGAAAUACCUUUACUUCCUUCAUCGCAACCAACUGCGCGUGUACCUUACGUUGAUAUUUCAAGUCUCACUGCGGUUCUUACAUCGAAUAAGAACCAAAUCUCGUUCUCUCAACCGACACAGAACGACGAUCUCUUGUUGAACUCACAAAUUUCAUUCACCCAAAGUCAACUCACACAAAAUCAAUUCAAGCGGCUGGUUAAGCGCAUGACGCGUUUUACUGCCAAAAUAAGCCAGGAAAGCACUGUCCUACGGGUAUGCAAAGCGCUGGACUACUUUGAAUAUCCCUGGAGCAUUGACCCAGCAAGCAUUAUCACUGUAUCAACUGUUGAUAGUGGCAAGCUGCAACUAGUUUUUAAAAUAAGUACGAUCGACAUGGACGACCAUGUUCUCGUCGAUUUUAGGCUCUCGAAAGGCUGUGGCAUCGAAUUUAAACGUCGUUUCGUUAAAAUUAAAAAUUCACUCACCGACAUCAUAUGUCGGGUGUAAUUUUUAAGUAUAUUUUAAAAUAUUUGUUACUGUUCCUGUUCAUAAAAAAGUAAGUAAUUCCAUUUGUAAGACAAGUUCUGAUCUAAUAAAGGUAUUUAAUUUA